UCUAAACCAUCAAAUUGUCUCAACGAAGUUGCAGAAGUCUUUUUCUCCAUAAUUCACAGCUCUUUCAAAGCAAGAAAAUGGAUGACGAUUUCGUAAGGGACGCACGAAAGGGGAAGGCAAAGCUUGAAGAAGAAGAUCCAGAUCCAAAGCCAAAUCCAUACGCUUUGCUGCCUGUACCAAUAACAAAAAGCUAUAGCAAUUUGGGUGAAGAUGUCGUCUACCUGAAACUUUUUGGUCCACCAAGAAACUAUGCAGAAAUUGCAAUGGAUACUCCAGAAGCAGUGAAGAAGAUACAAUUUAGAUUUCGUGAAAAAGAAUUUAACAGGAUUCUUGGGAAAGGUGAUACAAGGAUAAUCAACAUUCAAUGUGUCUCAGGAGCCACAAUUGGGAUUCUAUCUGAUACUGCAGCCAAGAUUCAUCGCCACUUAUAUCUAGAACUACUGGGUACUGCUGAUCAAAUCAAGACUGCUGAACUCCUCAUUACAGAUGUAAUUACAGAGGGUUAUGAAAAGCCAUUUUUCACAAGAGCUUUAAUGCCAGCAAAUAUCUUUCAUUAUCGAACACCCAUUUUUGUAACCCAAGUUGUAGCUUUCUUGGGCUUCAAUAACAGCAAUGUUUUGAAAAUGGAAUCAGAAUCCAAUACUUGGAUAGAGGUGGAUACAUAUCCUCCUGAAGGGUUAAUCAUGAUGAGAAUGGUCAACAUGUAUGGUCAACGGCUAGAUGUUGCUAAUGCGAUCAUGAUGAUUAAUGCUUGGGUUGAUGAGUAUGAAUUUGGGAAGAGGAAGGAAGAUGGAAAACAGAAAGAUGUUGACGAAGAUGAUUCUGGAAUUAAAGAAGGUGGUGAUGAAGUAGGAAAUGAAGCAGAAGGUUAAUGAGAAUAUAAGAAGAAGAUGAAAGAUUUUUGUUUUAGUGGUAAAAAGGAAUUGGGAAUUAUUGUUGUAAAUGUAAAAGAUGGAAAAUUUUACACGAAAAAAAAUGGGUUUGUGUGUAGGAGUAACAACAUUUGUUUCAUUAGAAAGAAGGGAAAAAAAAAGGCGU